GUAUUCACAGGUAAUAUUCUCACGCUUAAGCAAGCAAGGUAUGUAGAAUUAGUUCGAAUGGAUUUAUCGAAGGGUUAGUAUCACGUUAACAAUACGAAGAUUUGCGGUUUUAAGAAAACGUGCACAUUUUGUAACUUAAGCUAAUGGGAUUGUGAAUUAAAGUAUAUGACAAGCGUGAUAUUAAUAUAAUAACCAUAAGGAAGUCAGAGUUUCUACUGAACGGACUAAAUUUCGAUUCACGGACUAGACAGGGAAAUUUUGAUAACGGAUAUUAAUAAACAUCUAGUUUUAACGGCGUCUAUACAACGAAGAUAUUUUGUGACUAUUACUUUCUUCAGUGUGGUAUUUUAACCUGUGAGUUGUUUUCUACGAAAAACAUAAAUACGUUUAUGUGAACAUCAAAAUCGGACAAUUAAGACAUUCUAUACGCUUUAUUGAGUGAAGUGGCACAUUCCCCCUACUCCCCAUAAAAUAAGACUGUAGUGACCAUUUUGAGGAUGGGACAGAAGGACGGAGGGCCGGAAACGGAAGUGAAGACGAAACUCGUAGUGGUUGGAGAUUGUGGGUGCGGCAAAACUACACUUAUAAAGAGAUACAUCAAUAGCUCGUAUACAGAUACGUACACAGCGACUGGGUUCGAUACAUACAACACCACAUACCAGGUGUCUGCUACCUACAGAAUACACCUCUCUAUAUGGGACACUUCAGGUGAUUCCGGAUAUGACCGAGUGCGGCCGGUGUCAUAUACAGGGGCGGAUCUCGUACUCGCUUGUUUCUCCAUAGGCAACCCUGACUCCCUGCACAAUAUUGUUACCAAGUGGUUACCGGAAAUUCGAGAGCACUGUCCAAAUGCACCAAUCAUCGUCGUAGGAUGUGGCAAUGACAUGCGCACAAACGAUGACGUCAUUGCCAAGUUAACCCGAAGUAAUCUUGCGCCAGUAACGUACGAACAAGGACUAAAAACCGCGAAGGACAUUGACGCUCUUGUAUACUCGGAGACGUCAGCCAAAACGUCCGAAAGCAGCGUCAGAGAUGUUCUUGAAGUUGCGGCUCUGUCGUCUGUCGGCACUAAACAAAUGCACGCGGGCGAAUCGGAGGGACAGAGUCGUAAGUCAUUCCGGAAAAAGAACACUAGUAGCAUGGGAGAGGCGAAGAGUGCCAUCAAAAAAGAGUCUAAAAAAGGCUGUGCCAUAAUGUGAUACUGCUGGGACGUUUUGACUAAAGCGGUGCCGUUUUGACUAAAACGGGGGCGUUAUGACUAAAACGCUGAUGUUUUAACUAACCAUCAAAUGGGGCGCAUUGAUCAACAAGAGCACGUCAUGACACGAAGACGCUAUGCAUUGGGAACAUUUUUCCUGUUAACACGUGGUGUCAGGAUUUAUGACAUGGUCUGUCAUGCCAUAUGGUGGGUUUGGCGUCAUAAACUAUCACCUUAACGUUAAUGUUCAUGGUGCCAGUUUAACGUAUACGAUGGCUUCAUUCAUUACCAGGAAUCGGAGUUUCGCCUUUAUGCGGAACGAGAGUUAAAAUAACUUUGUUUGGGAGGAGGUGUUUUUCAAGUUUGAUUUGUCAAUGACAAAUUUCAAAUUUCGUUAUUGCAAAAGUUAAGAAUUUCAAUAUAACACCUGCGCGUGUAGGUUGGUAUCUACAAGAAAUCAGUGUGGAGAAAUUGAAAUAUAAGUUGAUACGUCGUGCAUUUGAUCUAAGCUGAUGAAAAAAUGAUUUCAUUAAAAUAUACGGUCGUUCGUCGGGUAAAAAUUGAUGAAUGAAGGGUCAUUUGAGGUUUUUAACCGCGUUUCCAUUGAGUUUAAUUCGGGUGGUUAAUUCAAUAUGACGGGGUGCAGUGAGCAUAAAAUUAAUGAGAUGAGAUUACUUUUGGACAUUAACGCUCGCUUUUGGCUUAGCCUAGUGUUUGGGUACCGAUUUAUUGCCAUUUGUCUACACUUUAACUACUAUUAAUAAUUAUUUUGACGCAACUGUGCCAUAUAAGUUGUGUCGGUCUAGUCAUUAUUGCCUCCAAUUGCAAGGCUUUAACUGAAAAUAAUCAUUGUGCAUUGUUUUGUUUUUGUAUAUUUAUUGACUUAAAUGCAAUCCAUUUGUACACUGUUAUUACUUUCAUUCAUAAAAACAGAACAAUCGAACGAUUGUUGUUAGCCUAAGGUGGUUAUUAUUAGCCAUAGAUGACGUAUCCAUUUGUUUAAGUAUUAUAUUUAAAACUGUAUCCUAGGUUGACUAACGAGCACCCGCGCUCAAGUUUAGCUGCUAAUAGAACAAACAAUUUUGAAGGAGUGAAACUUCCCCCUCAAACUUUCCAUAUUGUAGAUGUAAAAAAACUGUUGCAAAUGUAUUUAGCAAUUUGACACCACGUUGGCCUAUCCUGCUUUGUGCUUUAUUUUCAAUGAUAGCUUUACGCCAUUGAUGAUUUAGCUAUUAUCAGGUGUGUUUGUUCAAAACGAGGCUAAUAGUUACCCAUACUAUUCUUAAUAUUGAACAACCCCAUGCAGAGAAGUUCUUCCAUAAUGUAAUUUUCUU